AUGCCUGGUAUGGAGAUCAACUUCCGCAACACGUUUCUGGAGGUCAGUCCUAAGCUCUGUGCUUCCAUGCCCAGGCCCCAGACUAUGCCCAAUCUGAUCGAGCAACUGGGGAUGAGUGAUCCUACGUAUGUCGAGGAUUUGGAGUUCGAUACCGAGUUUGAUACUCAAGAUGGUGUUGGCUUACUUGACGAAGCUCAUAUGGAAAAUGAUGCGGGUGUGAUGUAUGGAGGGGCUUUAUACGAUGCUAACUCCUUCAGAGAUGCCUGCCAGACUCUUCUGAGUGUCAACACUGGUGCUACUAUUGGUCUCAAUGAGAAUCGCGAUACUCCUCCUUCUCCUCCUCCUCCGAUCGGGGGGCUUAUGAUUGAGGGGAUCGGCACGUCUCUAAUGCAACCUAUCGACUCGGUUAGACAUGGUGGCACCUACUCACCGUCUUCCCGCCAACAAUAUAAAGCUAACCGGGAUGCGCAUCAGUCAAACUCUGAAGCGCUACCACCGGAAAUGUUAACCACGGUUAUGCUGCGGAAUAUUCCCAACAAACUCAGUCAAAUGGACAUCGCUAAUGCAGUGAAGCACGAAGGUUUUCUCGGCGAGUUCGAUUUCUUCUAUUCCCCGCUAGAUUUCAAGUCUGGUAGCAACUUGGGCUAUGCUUUCAUCAACUUCAUUUCUCACGAAGUUGCCGUUAGAUUUCGACUCAAGAUAGCAGGCUUACUACUGGCCCGAUCAGUUGCCGAGGCGAACACAUCUGGAUUGUACUGGGAUGAAAACAGUGGCUCAAAGGCCACUGUAAUCACUCCUGAAGUCUCUGCUCAGCUGAUGCGUUCCAAUAAGCAGUGUGGAGUAGCAUGGGCUCGCAUUCAAGGGCUAGAGGCUAACAUCAAGCAUUAUCGCAACAGUCCCGUCAACGAGCUAGCAUCGGGUUACAGGCCUAUGCUUUUUGCCUCCAAGGAUUUGGUUAUCAAUCAUCCAACUAUUCCAGUGGGCUCUCUACUACCAUUCCCUUUACCAGAUCGCAGAGCCUCCAAUGGUGGCAGAGCGAGUCUUACUGCAUCGACGGCUUUCAAGCAGCAACACCAACAACACCAACAACAACAACAAUCUGGGAUGGUUAAUCUGAACAAGAUUUUUGUGGGAGGCUUAUCGCCUGAGUCCACGAGUGCCAGUCUUGAGGAGUACUUCAACUUUCGGUUCCCCAUGUUCACUGUGUUGGAGGCCGUCGUUAUUAUGGAUCGCCGAACACGGGUUAGUAAGGGUUUUGGCUUCGCCACUUUUGACAGCAAUGAGGCGGUUCAGAAUAUUCUUCACCCGCUCAACAACCCGCAUAUCAUUGAUGGUCACUCAGUGGUGUUACGUAGUUAUACGAGCAAUCGAUAG